GAUAUCAAGAAAUCUAUUGAUUGAGCAAAAUGUUUUGACUUCUCUAUAGCGAUAUAUAGGGCUUUGGGUUGCAAUUACUUAAUACUUCCCGACAACUACAUUUGUGUAAAGGGGAAGUAGCCUACGAUAUGUCAAACCGUAUUUAACUUCGUUCUCUUGUCUGGUGAACUAGACAUUAGUCCAGCCGGGGAGAUUAUCAUUGUUUUUCAAGGCAAUGUUUCGAUAUUGGAAGAAUUUAUAUAGAAAAUACACCUCGAAUAACGACCGAGGCGCUAGAAUGGACAACGCCGGGUUUUGCAACGAGACCUAUGAAAACCUUCACAACCCGGCAAGCGAUGAUGAGUUGGUCGAUAUAGCUGGAGCCACGCUCGAUUUCUCCAGCACGGAGGACGUGCCACCUCUAGACCCCGAAUACGGCUCAGGCUACGGUAAUACCGGUUACUCUAAUGGUAUGACCAGUAACGGGGCUGGUAGUAACGGUAAGCUGAUGGACCUACUAGAUGAGCCGGUACCGGGGGUAGGGACCUACGAAGACUUCAAUACCAUCGACUGGGUCAGAGAGAAGAGCAAGGACCGCGACCGCCACAGAGAGAUCACCAGUAAGAGUGAGCAGUCUACCUGGGCCCUGCUCCACAGCAUCAGUGAUGCCUUCUCCGGCUGGCUCCUCAUGCUGCUCAUAGGACUCUUGUCAGGUGCUCUAGCAGGCUGUAUAGACAUCUCGGCUCACUGGUUAACAGACCUGAAGGAGGGUGUGUGUCUGUCUGGCUUCUGGUUCAACCAUGAACACUGCUGCUGGGGCUCUAACCAAACCACCUUUCAAGAGAGGGACAAGUGUCCACAGUGGCAGAGCUGGGCUGAACUGCUGGGUGGUAGCUCAGAGGGGGCAGCAGCGUACAUAGUCAACUACUUGAUGUUCAUGUUGUGCGCUCUACUGUUCUCCUUCCUGGCUGUCAUUCUGGUCCGGGCCUUCGCACCUUACGCCUGUGGAUCAGGAAUACCAGAGAUAAAGACCAUACUCUCUGGGUUCAUCAUUAGAGGCUACCUGGGGAAAUGGACCCUAAUCAUCAAGACAAUUACCCUGGUCCUGGCUGUCUCUUCUGGUCUCAGUCUUGGCAAGGAAGGACCCCUGGUCCAUGUAGCAUGUUGCUGUGCCAACAUCCUCUGUCAUCUAUUCACAAAGUACCGACAGAACGAAGCGAAACGACGAGAGGUGUUAUCUGCAGCCGCAGCAGUGGGCGUGUCUGUGGCCUUUGGCGCUCCUAUAGGAGGAGUGCUGUUUAGUCUAGAGGAGGUGAGCUACUACUUCCCUCUGAAGACUCUGUGGAGGUCGUUCUUCGCUGCGUUGGUGGCAGCCUUCACUCUGCGCUCCAUCAACCCGUUCGGUAACAGCCGACUGGUCUUGUUCUACGUAGAGUUCCAUACCCCCUGGCACAUGGUGGAGCUGGUCCCGUUCACCCUGCUGGGCAUCUUCGGUGGCCUCUGGGGGGCGCUCUUCAUCAGGGCUAAUAUCGCCUGGUGCAGAAGGCGUAAGACCACUCGUCUGGGCCACUACCCGGUGCUGGAGGUCUUAGUGGUAACUGGAAUCACAGCCCUCCUCUCCUUCCCGAACAGUUACACCAGGAUGAGUGGGUCAGAACUGAUCUCAGAACUGUUUAAUGACUGUUCUCUACUGGAUUCCUCACAGCUGUGUGACUACAACAGCUCUGAGAACAGGUCUGACUCUGGUGUGUUUAGUGCCAGCCUCGCUGAUAGGGCGUUCAGUAACACACUCCCUGAUAGGCCAGCUGGACCAGGUGUGUAUACAGCGCUAUGGCAACUGGCUCUGGCACUCUUCUUCAAGAUGCUGGUCACUGUGGUUACCUUCGGCAUGAAGGUCCCUUCCGGUCUCUUCAUCCCCAGUAUGGCUGUAGGGGCGAUAGUAGGCAGACUGCUGGGAGUUGCCAUGGAACAGAUGGCGUUGAACCAUCAUGACUGGCUCAUCGUCAAGGGCUGGUGCUCAUCAGGGGCGGACUGUAUCACACCAGGGCUCUACGCUAUGGUGGGGGCGGCUGCAUGUCUAGGUGGUGUCACCCGUAUGACCAUAUCGCUGGUGGUCAUCAUGUUUGAGCUGACGGGCGGUCUGGAGUACAUUGUUCCUCUGAUGGCUGCGAUCAUGACCUCUAAGUGGGUAGCGGACGCGUUGGGGCGUGAGGGGAUCUACGAAGCCCACAUCAGACUCAACGGUUACCCCUUCCUGGAAACCAAAGAGGAGUAUGGGCACAAGACCCUGGCUCAGGAUGUGAUGCGCCCUAGGCAGUCGGACCCUCUCCUAGUCGUGCUCACUCAGGAGGGUAUGAGUGUAGGGGAGAUAGAAGGGGUGAUAGCAGACACUGACUACAGUGGCUUCCCCGUGGUGGUGUCACAGGAGUCUCAGAGACUAGUGGGCUUCGUACUGAGGAGGGACCUGGUCAUAUCUCUAGACAACGCCCGUAAGCGACAGGAGGGGGUGGUCAGUGCCUCGUUAGUGUUCUUCUUGGAACACGUGCCCCCCCAGCCCUUCUCCGGUCCCCCUGUCGUCAAACUACGAGGUAUCCUGGACCUUAGUCCCUUCACUGUGACAGACCACACCCCCAUGGCGAUAGCUGUGGACAUCUUCAGGAAGCUGGGACUCAGACAGUGUCUGGUUACACACAACGGGAGGUUGCUGGGAAUCAUCACUAAGAAAGACAUUCUGAAGCACAUGGCUCAGAUGUCCAACAGAGACCCAGACUCUAUCCUCUUCAACUGAGACCCAGACUCUAUCCUCUUCAACUGAGACCCAGACUCUAUCCUCUUCAACUGAGACCCAGACUCUAUCCUCUUCAACUGAGACCCAGACUCUAUCCUCUUCAACUGAGACCCAGACUCUAUCCUCUUCAACUGAGACCCAGACUCUGUCCUCUUCAACUGAGACCCAGACUCUGUCCUCUUCAACUGAGACCCAGACUCUGUCCUCUUCAACUGAGACCCAGACUCUGUCCUCUUCAACUGAGACCCAGACUCUGUCCUCUUCAACUGAGACCCAGACUCUGUCCUCUUCAACUGAGACCCAGACUCUGUCCUCUUCAACUGAGACCCAGACUCUGUCCUCUUCAACUGAGACCCAGACUCUGUCCUCUUCAACUGAGACCCAGACUCUGUCCUCUUCAACUGAGACCCAGACUCUGUCCUCUUCAACUGAGACCCAGACUCUGUCCUCUUCAACUGAGACCCAGACUCUGUCCUCUUCAACUGAGACCCAGACUCUGUCCUCUUCAACUGAGACCCAGACUCUGUCCCCUUCAACUGAGACCCAGACUCUGUCCCCUUCAACUGAGACCCAGACUCUGUCCCCUUCAACUGAGACCCAGACUCUGUCCCCUUCAACUGAGACCCAGACUCUGUCCCCUUCAACUGAGACCCAGACUCCCUCCCUCCCUCUCCACACCUCUGAAGAAGCGGACCUCUGGCAAAUGAAGACCUUCAACUGAGCUUGUCUCCUCCCUGUUUCCAUCCAUCCACUUCUUUAUGGGAGGAGGACACCAGCCUAUAGGAGGGAUGACACGGCCUUGUUUUCUCAAUAGGUCUCACCUAAAGAAGAGGGCUGGUGGAUACAGUAUUAUGGACACAUUUAUACAAAGAGGAUGAAAAAAUAGGAGCGAACACACUGAGAAGGAAAAUGAUUGGGCGGCAGGAAUCCUAGCGGAUAAGAGUGUUGGGCCAGUAACUGAAAGGUCGCUGGUUUGAAUUCCCGAACCGACUCGGUAAAGAGUCUGUCAACAUGCCCUUGAGCAAGGCACUUACCCUAAUAGCUCCUGUAAGUCACUCUGGAUAAGUGUCUGCUAAAUGACUAACAUGUAAUAGACCUGCCGAACUAAUAGACAGAACUCUUUCCUGCACUGCAACCAGUACUAUAGCUGUACACACAGAGAGAGAGAGAGAUGAGAUGAGAUGGAAGGAUGAGGGUGAGAUGGAGGUAUGAAAAGUGAGAAUUUAAGAAAUGGCUAAUCAUGAUGUAAAAUACAAGGUUCCACUGAGCCUUUAAAAAAAAAAAGGACUGUUGAGGAGAGGUGGUGGGGAAGUGCUGACCAAACUGUUACUGAUGCAGUAGUACACCAUGUAGGGAAUUAGGGAUCUCUGUAGGAUCCAUCUGGAUCUCUGUAGGAUCCAUCUGGAUCUCUGUAGGAUCCAUCUGGAUCUCUGUAGGAUCCAUCUGGAUCUCUGUAGGAUCCAUCUGGAUCUCUGUAGGAUCCAUCUGGAUCUCUGUAGGAUCCAUCUGGAUCUCUGUAGGAUCCAUCUGGAUCUCUGUAGGAUCCAUCUGGAUCUCUGUAGGAUCCAUCUGGAUCUCUGUAGGAUCCAUCUGGAUCUCUGUAGGAUCCAUCUGGAUCUCUGUAGGAUCCAUCUGGAUCUCUGUAGGAUCCAUCUGGAUCUCUGUAGGAUCCAUCUGGAUCUCCGUAGGAUCCAUCUGGAUCUCCGUAGGAUCCAUCUGGAUCUCCGUAGGAUCCAUCUGGAUCUCCGUAGGAUCCAUCUGGAUCUCCGUAGGAUCCAUCUGGAUCGCCGUAGGAUCCAUCUGGAUCGCCGUAGGAUCCAUCUGGAUCGCCGUAGGAUCCAUCUCAGGUAGUUAAAACUGAGUCACUGAGUCUGUCCUCCAUGUUGUCUUGUCUCUGCUUGUUAGAUACAGAUGUGUCUACUCAUAAUCUCUGAGGUGUGUGUGUGUGUGUGUGCAUAUUGCUGAGAUAAAGCUAGAACACAAAAGGGAAACAUCGAAGUGUAGAAUUCCUCCUAAAAUAGCCCCCAUGACCACAUGGGUGUGUUACCAUGACAACCCGGUUGUUCAUCACUUUGAUGUGCGACAGGCGUGGGAAGAGGCUAACGACACACACGGCCUAUUAGAAUGCUUUUAGCUACAGGAUAUUAGAGAGAGAGAGACGGAUCCAAAGACUCUUCACAUGGAGAUCAGGUUACAGAGCUGCUCAAAGGCACACAUUCCUCCAACACCGACGCGUGUCUGUGUGUCUGUGUGUCUGUGUGUCUGUGUGUCUGUGUGUCUGUGUGUCUGUGUGUCUGCGUGUCUGCGUGUCUGCGUGUCUGCGUGUCUGCGUGUCUGCGUGUCUGCGUGUCUGCGUGUCUGCGUGUCUGCUGGGUUCAGUGGCAGUCAGAGCAGGCCCCCUUGAUUCACGUUGAGUCAUAUAGGGGUGGAUUGGCCUCUUUCAAGCUCUUUCUUUAGGCCCCGUUGUCUGUGUGUGUGUGUGUCCUAGGGAAUAUUUUACAGACAUGGGAAUUUGCCAAAAUGUACUCUCACGUUUCUGAGAGUUGUACAUAAACUAUAUUGCCUUUCCAAGACUGUGAAGUUGUUAGUUUAAAGAGGACUUUGGGACUUUGAGUUUAAUCUCUUCUCUCUUUCUGAUUCUGAAAUAUUUUUUUAGGGAUCGUGAAUCAAACUGUGUGUGUGUGUGUGUGUGUGUGUGUGUGUGUGUGUGUGUGUGUGUGUGUGUGUGUGUGUGUGUGUGAUGAGCUCAUGGGAAGCGUUGUGUUUAUAAUCAACAAUGGUGAUCAGAUUGUCAUAACCAUCUCCUUAUGUCUGUGUCCCAAAUGACACCCUAUUCUCUAUAUAGUUCACUACUUUUGACCAGGGCUUAUAGUGGAUAGGGCACUGUUUGGGACAUAUCCCAUUCAUAUGGCCCUGGAGGAAUAAAUGACCAUCUUCAUAUUCCUCUUUUUAUUGCGGUGUUUUUUUCCCUGGUCUUCUCAUUUUUAUAGAAAUGUUGUCAUCCCAUCCGCCUAUCCACCCUCUCCAUUCUCUGUCCUUAGACAACCCCUCCCUCUUCUGUCCCCACCGUCUCUCUCUCUCUCUCUCUCUCACAUAUUCCAAAUAUGAUGUCACAAUGCUGCCUGCCUGUCGAGCCGCGUGAGGUUUAGUCUAGAAGGGAUACAGCUUUUGUCAAAAUGGACUUUUUCGCAGCAGGUUUACUAUAACUUACGGAGCAGGACAGGCAAAUUAGGUUAAGGUUAGGAGAAUUAGGUUAAGGUUAGGAGAAUUAGGUUAAGGUUAGGAGAAUUAGGUUAAGGUUAGGAGAAUUAGGUUAAGGUUAGGAGAAUGGUUAGCUAAAAUGCUAAUGAAAAUCUACUUUUGAUGUAAAUUUGACAAAAGCUGUAUCCCGUCUAGACAUGACCGCCGCGUGACCUUUCUCUCUUGUCUUGUAACAGGAAGUGCAAUAAGGUGUGGUCUAGUUUGUGCCGGGCCCUGGCCAGUUUCUUUAUUUCUCCAUGCUGUAGGGACCACUUCCUAUGCUACUGCCAGCCUUUGUCUGCUAGUUGGGGUUUAAAAGCACUAUCGCUGAGACUACUUACAAUGAGCACCUCUGGCAGUUCCUAAGAAGCUUAUCAGAAAUGAAAUGAUUUGUCAUUCUGAAAGUGGAAUGUUGUUUUUUUUACCAUACCCUAUGAGGGAUUCCCAUAUUUGUCCCCCUCUCAGAAUUCUAGAAGAGUCUAAAUUCCCCCUGAAGUCUGGGUAGUGGGCUUGGAGCGCUCUGUGAGAGGCUGUGUGUGUGUCUGUUUUGAUAAAUGUCUUAUACCUCGCCACAGACAGGGGUUUUAGGGGUUGAGGAGGUGUGAAAGCUCAUUAGACACAUUUCCUGACUGCCUCUUAGAGCAACACAGACCUCUGUAGACUGAUAACUAUGGAGGUAAUGCCAACACUGUUGAUAUGAUGACAGGGGGGGGUGUGUGUGUGUGUGUGUGUGUGUGACAGGAUGGGAGGUUGUGAAAAGAGGGGGAUUUAAAGGAGGGAAUAGUCUUUGUUCACACUCCUGAGAAAAAUACUGAACAAAGGCGAGAGGGAAAGUUGAGUCAAACAAGGCCCUGUAGUCUUCACUGUGACCCCAUCAUACCACACUUCAGGACAUAGACACGUAAUUACGCUGUUCAAUGUCUUACAUGUCAUUGAUAUGCCUUGAUUCAACUUUGUGGCUCAUGUAAAUUGUCACUUAGAAAUCAGAAUUCCUUAACGCUCAGUUGAAGUUGGCUGUUAUACGGAACAAUACCAAGAAUUUACCAAAACACUUGGCAGUAAGUGUAGUGUUUUUUUUAGUUUUUUUUGUCUAUAUUCUAGAACUGUCUAAAUACUCCGGGGAUUCUAUUUGACCCCACCCUAGAUGACGACACGGUGAAACCAUGCACAAUAUACUAGAAGACCAUCUGGCUUAAGGACAAUCAAUCCUUUUUUCUAAAUGGCGAGUCCAUUCUGUGUGACCUAUUUCUAUGUCUGUUGCUCUGUGUGUAAUAUAGAUGAGUCCAUUCAGUGUGUGUGUGUGUGUGUGUGCUCCGUCUAGAUGUGUGUAAUAUAGAUGGUGGUGUUUGUUAUUGACUCUUUUAGAUAGGGUUGAAAGGAGAGGUACACACACUCUGGCGCUCUCUCUCUUUUUCCUAUUCUUGCGGGGACCAAAUAAUUGACUCUCAUUCAAAAUCCUAUUUUCCAUAACCCCGGAGCCUAAAAUAGUAUUUUUCCUCGUGUGGACUUCUGGUCCCCACAAGGAUAAUAACACUUUAUUUACCCUUCAGAGAGGUUGAUAUGUGAGGUCAGGGGGUCAGAUCCAACAAUUACAUUAAGGAACACCCUUGAUGUACAAGACUGUGGACCAAAGAGAGCCCCCCCCACCCCUGGGUCUCGUCCAUCCCAUCAAUCACUAGGGGCGGACCCAAAUCCCCAAGACACACAUUUUCCCCAGAAACUCAAAGGUUUCUACAGAAAUUUCCUUUCAGAAUGAAGACAAAUACGCAUGGACAUUUAUCAAAGCACUCUGCUAAGACCUUACAUUACGUACAUGUUAUAUGAGCGAUGAUGACAUGUGUGUUUUAGCGCUCUGCUAAGACCUUACACACACUUUUUAUAUGAUUGAUGGUCUGUAUUGUUUUUUUUUUUGUUCACAUGAUGUAUAUGUACCAGUUUGUUUAAAUUAUUGUAUGAUUAUUUAUUUUUGCACAGAAGGAAAUGUAUGUUUCAUUAUGAUUGUAAUGUUAUGGGGUUUGUGAUCUAAAUAUAUUAAAUCUAAAUUAUGCAUUCAGA